AUGGAUGACGAAGAAUUCGAAGAAAAUAUUGGAAAUACCGAUGAUUUGAAUGACGAUGUCACCGCGUCGGCUGGUCUUGGUCUGUCACUGGAAAAACGUUUUGAACGUUUAAAUCAGUCCGACCGUAUUGAUCAGUUAUACGGUUGCUCACGUUAUACAGCCUUCGAAGAACGUAUAGGUUGGCUAUAUAAUCUUCAACCAUGUGAAAUCUUUGAUGAAGAACGCCGGAGAUUUGUCUCUGCACUUGAUCUGUACUUCAUUGGAGAAGUGGGCGAUCGAUUUAAAAUUUCAAUCGUCUAUCCGCCCUAUUUCUAUGUCGGAACGAAACUCGGACGAGAAAAUGACGUCUACGCAUAUCUAUCGAAACGCUAUCACAAUCGGUGUUUAUCGUGCGAACUUGUUGCAAAAGAAGAUCUGGAUCUUCCAAAUCAUCUUGCUGGAAUCAAACGCACGUUCAUUCGUCUUCGUUUUCACGAUAUCGAUGAUUUAAUCAAAGCACGCAAAGAAAUACAACCAAUUGUCAAACGUAACACAGAGCGCGAAAAAGAGCAACAGUCUCGUCCGGAAUUGGCGGUGUUAACUCGCGCAGCAUCUGCCAAUUCUCGCAGUAGUGACUUAAUUAUCAAUGGUCUUUCGAAUGCUAAUGUUGCCGAAAAACAAAUUGAUGGAAUUAUGGAAUUACGAGAGUUCGAUGUUCCCUAUCACAUUCGAGUUUGUAUUGAUUUAAAAAUUAACGUCGGUCUUUGGUACGGCGUUCGUGGACAAGCAAGUGGUGGACCACAGAAUCAAUUAGUAUUAAAACCCGAAUUAAUCGAACAGCCUGAACCUAUUGUUCUUGCAUUUGAUAUUGAAUGUACAAAAAUGCCGUUGAAAUUUCCGUCAGCUGCAACUGAUCAAAUUAUGAUGAUAUCGUAUAUGAUUGAUACACAAGGUUAUCUCAUCAUCAAUCGUGAAAUCAUCUCGCAGGACAUCGAUGGUUUUGAAUACACACCGAAGAAAGAAUAUCCCGGUCAUUUUCAUGUCUUCAAUGAAUCGAACGAAUUCGAACUGCUCAGACGAUUCUUCAAUCAUAUUACUGAUGUUAAACCGCAUAUACUAGUGACCUACAACGGUGAUUCGUUCGACAUUCCAUUCAUUGAACAACGUGCACAAUUCUAUGGUUUGAAUAUGUUCAAUGAAAUCGGCUUUCGGAAAGAUUCACAAGACAGUUAUCUUUCACGACCAUGUGUUCAUAUGGAUUGUAUUCGAUGGGUCAAACGCGAUAGUUACCUUCCAGUUGGUAGUCAUGGUUUAAAAGCAGUAACAAAAGCGAAACUUCGUUACAAUCCAAUUGAAAUCGAUCCCGAGGAUAUGUGUCGUUUAGCUGUCGAACAGCCUCAAACACUAUCGAAUUAUUCAGUGUCAGACGCCGUAGCGACUUACUAUCUAUAUAUGAAAUACGUUCAUACAUUUAUUUUCGCUCUGGGAACGAUCAUUCCAAUGAGACCUGAUGAAGUCUUGCGAAAAGGUUCCGGAACAUUAUGUGAAACACUUCUGAUGGUACAAGCAUUCAUGGCCAAUGUUAUCUUUCCGAAUAAACACGAAGAUGAACAGUACAAAUAUACAAAUGAUGGCCAUUUACUUAUUUCCGAAACAUAUGUUGGUGCAAGCGUCGAAGCACUUGAGUCCGGUGUUUUCCGUAGUGAUAUACCUUGUCGAUUCAAAAUCGUGCCUGAAACAGUGCAAUAUCUUAUCGAUAAUAUUGACCGUACACUCCAACAAUCGAUCGAAGUUGAAGAAAAAUUAUCGAUUGAUUCCGUAGAAAAUCUCACUGAAAUUAAAGAGGAUAUUCUUCAGCGAUUGCAACAUUUGAAAAACGUUCCCAAUCGUCUAGAGAACCCAAACAUCUACCAUUUAGAUGUCGGUGCGAUGUAUCCAAAUAUAAUCUUAACAAAUCGUUUACAACCGUCAGCUAUCGUCGAUUCAACGAUCUGUGCUCAAUGUGAUUUGAAUCGUCCAAAUGCGCGUUGCCAGCGUAAAAUGGAUUGGAUAUGGCGUGGAAUGUAUGUCCCAGCGACACGAAAUGAGCUACAGCGCAUUCAGUUACAACUUGAAAACGAACGUUUUCAGUUCAAUGGACAAGCAAUCGAAAAGAAAACAUUUCUAGAUGCAUCAAAGAAAGGAACAAACACUACGAACAAUACGUUAUCGUUUCAUGAAUUGCCACAGGAAACUCAGAUAGCCAUUGAACGUAAACGUCUAAACGAUUAUUGUCGUAAGGCAUAUAAAAAAGUCAAUCAUACACGAGAAGAAACUCGCGAGACUACUGUUUGCCAAUGUGAGAAUUCGUUCUACGUUGAUACGGUGCGAGCGUUUCGUGAUCGCCGUUACGAAUAUAAAGGUUUGCAUAAGAAAUGGAAAAAAAAUCUCGCCAAUGCAAUGAAAAAAGAUGAACUUAGUGAAAUGAAACGAUGUAACAAUCUCAUUGUCAUUUACGAUUCGUUACAAUUGGCACACAAAUGUAUUCUCAAUUCAUUCUAUGGUUAUGUCAUGCGAAGAGGUGCACGUUGGCAUCGAAUGGAAAUGGGUGGUAUCGUAUGUACAACUGGUUCGACGAUCAUCAAACGGACUCGAGAACUCAUCGAACAAAUCGGACGUCCAUUAGAACUUGAUACCGAUGGUAUAUGGUGUGUUCUUCCGGCAACAUUUCCUGAAAAUUACGAACUGACUACAAGCGACCCAUCGCGUCCGAAAGUCGUCAUUUCGUAUCCAUGUAGUUUAUUGAAUUUGCUUAUUAAGGAUCAUUAUACCAAUGAUCAGUAUCAUGAACUGGUUGAUAAGGAGAAACAUGCAUAUGAUAUACGUUCGGAAAAUUCGAUCUUUUUCGAAAUUGACGGUCCUUAUUUAGCAAUGAUUUUACCGGCAUCAAAGGAAGAAGGAAAACGUAUCAAAAAACGCUAUUGUGUUUUUAACAUGGAUGGUUCCAUCGCCGAAUUGAAAGGUUUCGAAGUGAAACGUAACGGUGAAUUACAACUGAUAAAAAUCUUUCAGGCAAGUGUCUUCGAUGCAUUUCUCAAAGGCACAACAUUAGAAGAAUGCUAUAACCAUGUUGCCACAAUUGCCGAUUAUUGGCUUGAUAUGUUAUAUUCACGUGCAAAAGAUAUAUCGGAUAAGGAAUUAUUUGAAUUGAUCUCGGAACGACGAACAAUGUCGAGAAUGUUAUCCGAUUAUGGCGAACAAAAAUCCACAUCGAUAUCAACAGCGAAAAGACUUGCUGAAUUUCUAGGAGACGAUGUAAUCAAAGACAAAGGUCUCUGUUGCCGAUUUGUUAUUGCAAACGUUCCUCGCGAUGCACCUGUCACCGAACGUGCAAUUCCAUUAGCUAUCUUUCAAUCGGAGCCAUCGAUUCGCAAUCAUUACUUACGUAAAUGGUUACGCUUAUCAUCAGUUGAAGAUCUCGACAUUCGCGAAAUACUUGACUGGAAUUACUACAUCGAUCGUUUCAAUAGCUGUAUUCAAAAGAUCAUUACCAUUCCAGCCGCUUUACAAAAUAUUCGAAAUCCUGUUGUACGUGUGCCACAUCCGGAUUGGUUACACAAGCGUUUAGUGGAAAAAAACAGUUUAUACAAACAGAAACGUAUUACCGAUGUAUUCAAUGCUGUUGACAAAGAAACGCACAUUGAGCAACAAUUAGCUAAUGAUAUUGAAGAUCUUGGUGGAGCGAAAAAAGCGCCCACAACAGCCGCAUCAACAAAAGUUGUUCGGAAACGUAAACGAGAUGAAUUGAAUGACAAAACUGUCACACGACAAUGGAGAAUCGUUCUCGGGCCACCACCAACCUUCGGUCAAACAACAGGCCAACAUAUCAAAUGGUUGAACUAUCAAAAACGAAAGUGGGAAAUUCAACGUGAACAACCAUCAACCAACAAUCCUGAAGGAAAUGUUCAAGCUGCAACAAAACCGAAAUCAUCCACAACAGGAAAAAUUGAUACAUAUAUCCGUCGCGCAGCUGAACAUCUGCAUACACGCCCAUGGCAGAUCAUUUCGUAUGAACUAACGGAUCAGCCCGGUCUAUUCAAAGCCUGGUGUUUAGUCGAACAAGAAUUAGUUCAAAUCAAAAUCAAAAUUCCACGUAUUUUUUAUGUAAACUAUCGCACGCCUAUUGAAAACGCUUCGAAUCAAACACAACGAUCAGUUGGAUAUGAACGUGCGAUUAGGGAUUGUUCACAUAAAGUCAAUCGAUUAUUACCACGAUGUUCACAAGCCUAUCAUCUAUAUGAAUAUCGUCUCGAUGAGAGUCAUUUUCGAGACUAUUAUACCGACAUCAUGACUGAUUUGAGCAAUCCGAACAUUGAAGGUGUCUAUGAAAUGAAUGUUCCGCUAGAAUUUCGUCUUUUACUUACUCUUGGCUGUAUCUGUUCAUUACGAAAGGAACAUCAUCGAACAAACCUCCUUUCCAAUCUGUACGAAUUUGACGAGCUAGAAUUCCUAUCUCUGUCCGAACAAGCAUAUUUACAAGCCGGAAGUUUACAAUGUAUCUAUCUAUACGUCCACCAAGAUAGCGGCAAAUUAUUCAUUGCGCUGUUCAUACCGAAGAUUUGCCGAGUGUUCGUUGGAAUAUUGGAUGACAUACGAGAAAAUCGCAUGCCAAAUUUGAAUAAGUUAUUGAAAAAUGAAUGUGAAAAACGAUUGCAAAAAGGAAUUGAUGCGAAUCUGUUACCGAUCAACGAACAUCAAUUCGAAGUCAAAGUCGAUACAGAUUUACAGAACAUUUGGAGAAGAUUCAAUAAAAUCAUCUCCAGUCUUCGCGAUAACGAUAUGGCAACUCGUGAAUUACCAAUCUAUUUGGCCAUUCAAUCUAAUAUUCCCCUCUCGGAUCUUCAAACAUCCAUGUUAUCCACAUUGUCCGAUUAUCCAAAAAUAACGCUAUCGAUAAAAGACAAACCAAAUCUAUACAGGGGUCUGGACUGGCAGCGAACAGCUGCUCGUCAUGCGCUACAACACUAUGCCAAUGCAAACAUCAUUCUCGUUAAUAUGCUCGAACAAUGUCGGUAUUUGCAUAUACCAUUAGGCAAUUUUCCGGAUGAUCCCUGUUUGUUUGCAUGUGAUCUCUUCUAUGCUCGACAUCUGGUUAAACAUAAUCAUUUAUUAUGGUGUUCAUUAACCGAUCAGCCUGAUCUGGGUGGUAAAGAACAAGAUGAUUAUCGAAUGUUAUUAACAGCAGAUGUAAAUAGUAACAAUGAAAUACACAAUGAUGAUAAUAUUUUUAAGAAUGACAAUGAAGGAAUACAUACAAACAAACAAAAUCAUCCAUUUGAAAUCAAUCAUUCAGGAUUUUAUCCAACAUCAUGCAUUGAAUUUGAACUUGUUGGUCUAGCCAUUUGUGCCGUUUUAAAUUUUCAAAAAAUUCACGAAGCGGAAGGAUCAAAUUUUGAUUUAGGCUUCGGCACAACUGUGCAAAAUCCUCUAGGUGGUCCCGGUGUAGUUCCAUCAAUUAGCAACACUUCUCUUACUGCAUACGAUGAAACUUCACAAUGCUUACCUGCCUUACGUCUUCUACGACAGAUGGUUCAAGUGUGGCUACAAGAUGUUCAUUCCUACACAAAUAUAUUCGCUGACAUGCAAUUGAAUCAUUUCUAUCGUUGGUUGCAAUCAACGAAAAGUCUUCUUUACGAACCAGCACUGAAACGUACCAUUCAAGUUUUCAUGAGAAAACUACUUGUACAAUUACUAGUUGAAUUGCAACGCAUCGGCAGCACAACAAUCUAUGGAAAUUUGAAUAAAAUCAUUCUCGCCACAAAACGAUGGUCACUUCUCGAUACGCGUUUGUAUAUUAAAGUCAUACUUGAACAUCUUCAAUUGAAGGAUUUAACGUCAACGAUAUGUUUGGAAUUGAAAUCAAUUUAUCAUUGUCUCUGGUGGUUCGAUGACAAAAACUAUUGCGGAUUUCGGAUCUGGUCGAAUGCAAAAGGACAAAUCGAUGAUAAUUUCGAUAACGACGACGAAGAAGAAACCAUCUUCGAUUGGAAUAUGAUUGUAUACUUACCAAGAGUGGUUCAAGAUUACUUUGAAACGAUCAUGAUUGGUUUCGCUCGAUCCAUUUACGAUCGACUUCGUGAUGAAUACAAAGAUGCGACAUCAGUUACUCAAACAAAUCUACCACCAAAAGUCCUAGAAUACUGUCGUGGUCUAUUCACUGAUGAGCUCUAUCAACAGUUGAUGUCCGUCACAAACCAAAUCGAACGAAAACUAACAAAGAGCGAUUUUGAUUCCACCUUGCCAACACCAUUGUUAAGCACAAGUCCAUCGUUAGAGUUCGUCAAAGCUGUUUGCUGUCUAUUAUUUCUUUUGCAUGACAUGCACGAUGAUGUCUUGAAUCUUCGACGAGAUUUAUUGAAAUUACUCAAACUGAGCGAAUAUUCUCAAAUAACAACAACGAAUCUUUCGUCAUUAACUUCAUUUGUUAUUCCUCAGCUAGUCUGUUCGAAUUGUAAUCAUUACCGUGACAUCGAUCUGUAUCGUGAGAUCAAUUCCACCAGCGACAAAGACUCGAACAACGAUAAUGAUGAUCAACAACGACAGUAUCAAUAUACAUGUAAUCAAUGUCAUACAACUUAUGAUCAAACAGUUAUUGAACAAUAUUUAUUGAAUCAUUUGCAAACCUUACUUUUAGAAAACGUUCUUCAAGAUGCAAUCUGUCAUAAAUGCCAUUUCGUUCGAAAUGUCUACUACAAAGUCUAUUGUGAUUGCGGUGAACUGUAUCAGAAUUUACAUACGUCCAAGCUGUUGCAUGAUACAUGUAUAAUUCUCUCACAGAUCGCAUCGAAACAUCAAAUGACAGCGCUUUUACAACAAAUACAAUUUCUCAAACGAUUAAAUCAUUGGAAUGACUAA